GCGAGGGCGCCGCUAGCACGCGUGCGCGCUCCCUCGGUGCAGCUAGUCUGCGUGCGUGAGUGGGAAGUGGCAGGCCUGUCUCAGGCCUUCUCCGCUGACUGUUCCAGCGCGACGUCCCCAGCCAUGAACCGGUUUGGUACCCGGUUAGUGGGAGCCAUGGCGACCCCGCCGCCGCCGCAGCCGAAAGCCCGCAGCAAUGAAAACCUUGACAAAAUUGAUAUGUCUUUGGAUGAUAUCAUCAAAUUGAAUCGAAAGGAAGGAAAGAAGCAGAAUUUUCCGAGAUUAAAUAGAAAACUCCAGCAAAGUAGUGCCCGGCAAUUCAGGAUGAGAGUACGAUGGGGACUUCAACAGAAUUCUGGUUUUGGCAAGAAUAGUCUGAGCCGUAGAGGAAGAGUAAUGCCUGGAAAGAGACGUCCUUAUGGAGUUAUCACUGGCCUUGCAGCUAGGAAAGCAACUGGAAUUCGAAAAGGAAUUAGUCCUAUGAAUCGACCACCUCUAAGUGAUAAGAAUAUAGAACGAUAUUUUCCAGCAUUAAAAAGGAAGGCCAGCCUUCUGAGACAAAAUGAUGUACAGAGAAAAGCAGUUGCAGUUCUCAAGAGACCUAACCAGUUAAAUAGAAAAAAUAACAUUCCAACCAGUUUUACCAGGAGUGGAAAUAAAUUAAGUCAUCAGAAAGAUACUCGUCAGGCAACUUUUCUUUUCAGAAGAGGCCUAAAGGUUCAGGCCCAGUUGAACACAGAACAACUGCUAGACGAUGUAGUAGCAAAGAGAACUCGUCAAUGGCGGACUUCCACCACAAAUGGAGGAAUUUUGACUGUCUCUAUUGAUAAUCCUGGAGCAGUGCAGUGUCCAGUAACUCAGAAACCACGGUUAACUCGUACUGCUGUACCCUCAUUCUUGACAAAACGGGAACAAUCUGAUGUAAAGAAAGUCCCUAAAGGUGUCCCCCUGCAAUUUGACAUAAAUAGUGUUGGAAAACAGACAGGGAUGACUUUGAAUGAACGAUUUGGUAUCCUGAAGGAACAAAGAGCUACUCUCACGUUCAACAAAGGAGGAAGCCGUUUUGUAACUGUGGGAUAGAUCCAUGUCAAAGGGACUUUUGAGUGAUGACUCUGUUUUAAAAGUUGAAUUGCUUGAAGAGUUCAUCACAAAAAUUCAAGAAACUUUAUUUCAAAAUAUUCAUAAGGCUAAAUAACUCUUAUUUUUAUUUUUGAAGUGUGUUUUUUUUUUUUAACAUGUAUAAAUAACUCCCUGAAAGAAUAACAGGGAAUAUACCUAUCUGUUCUUAAGAUUUCAUGGUCCAGACAGAACAAUUCUGUUUGACUUCUUUGGUUCCUCAUGAAGCAGAAAGAACACAGAAUGAUAGAAAUUAAUUAUUUUUAUGAUAGUGGUAUUUAGGAUCUCAUCACUUUUGUUCAUUUUUUACACUUUGCCAUGGUAAAUCUUGGUCUUCAGAGAUAUGAGUAGGUCCCUUUGUUGCUGUCACCCAUCCUUUAAUAGUGUUGAUGUAAUAAGUACAGUUGACUUUUCUUCAUUAGAUAUAUUAAAAAAAAUCACUAGAAUUCCAGUUUUGAGUUUUAAGAUUUUUGGGAAUAUCUGGAAUUUGGGUUACUUUUCAGAUGACAUUAGGUUAAUCCUCCAGAGUUGUUAAUUUUUAAUGCUGAACUUUUAACAAGAAAUGUGACUCUAGGCAUUAGUCUGUGUUUAAAAUGUUGAUAUUUAAAGGCUAUAAAUAAAUGUGUGUUUACAAAAUUAUCUUAGAAGAGAAGGUCCAAUGUAAAAACCUGAAAAUUGUGUUUAGAAAAUGAAGAAAACAGGAGGAAGUAGCAGGUUGAGGACAGGGAACUGAGGUGAAAAACUUCAAAACCCAGGACACAGAUAUACUGUUUGAAUUUAAUGUAGCCUUGCAUCUAGUGUCCAUGAAGAAUUCUUCAAACGAUAUUUAGAAGAAUUAAAAUUAUCAAAAUGGAUUGAUUCCCUUAGAUACUUUGAUGGUAAAAUCAAUAGCCAUAAAGUCCUAUACUUAUUCAAAAAAGUUAAAUUUCAUAAGCUUUUUAAGCUUGCUAAUGACACAGUAUGCAGUUUCAAAAUAAAAAACAUACUUGUAUAUGUCACAAAGAAAAAUAUCCAAAAUGGUAAUAGAAUUACAUUGUAACCUUGUUUCAUACCUUUCUUGUAUGUAUAAAGUUUAGGCAUUUAUGGUGAGAGGAGUUUUUUUUUCUCUCCCACACUCUAGAGGAGUGGGAGGAAUUAAUCUGUUGUGCCAAGCUAGUGCUGAAAGUCCUCAGAUGGUUGUAUACUAUAAGUUACAGUAUAAUGCCAAAAUGCAGUAACACAGUCCAGCUACAAGUCUAGUCAUUUUGAAGCUUAACCUUUUGUUUUGCUAUAAUGUUAAAACCUCUAAGUAUAGAUGUUAGUUUCCCUAGAGUAUAUUGGUGUUGAUUUUCCCUAUAGAACAAAACAAAACAUUAAGUCAUCACUCUUGCCUGCCUUGCAUUAUAUAUUAGAUGUCACUGUUUUCUCUCAUGCUCCUUGGGUUACUUUGGUUUAUGCUAGCCACGGAAAAGUAUCACCUAACAGUUUCAUGCUUAUACCAAAGAAUUAAAUCUGAUCCUUAAUACCUGGUAUUUUGCCAGUUAAGUCUACUGAUAAAGGAUUAUUUGAAGCCAGUCACACAAUUUGAAAAUAAACUCUAGUCUCCGUAGGCCAAGGACUCAUUGCAAAACAUUUUUGUAAGUACAGAUGCUUAGAUUUCAUCCAUUAACAGUCCAUCUUAUUUUAGACUGGUUUAGAAUUACUGAUAGCUUAUUUUAAAGCAAAGAAAAAACAACUGAGCACAGAUUUGCUGUCUUUAGAGCAGUUUGUGAAAAUAUGGUAUAAAGAUGCUUUCUUUUUUUUAUUUUAAAUACUGUACAGAGCUAUUAUUAAUGCCAUUUUUCUUGAAAACCUUAAAAAUUGUCCCAAAUACUGACAUUAAUUGCAUCAAACAACAGUGUCUUUGGUAUAUUAAACUUUUGCUCUUUGUGCAUCUCUAA